GGGUGGUGAGGACAAGAUCACAGUCAGCUGAAGAACUAAAUAUGGAGCUAUCUAUGCCUCCUAUGAAAAGGAAGAGGUGGAUGGUUAAUAAUGCCAUGCAUUCAGAUGAUUAUUUAAGAUAUUACUUUGCAAAUCCACUGAAAUCUAGUAUUCCAAUGAUCGAAAAUAUUUGCGACCGCCAUUUUGUUGCUCUGUAUGGGCCACGAGCCUCUGGCAAGUCCACACGAGUGAAUACAAUUAUCAAAUAUCUAAUAAAACGUGGCUAUAUUUGCAACUUCAUAACUUUAGAGCAUGUUGCAACAAAUGAGAAUUUUUGGUCAUCGUUUGGUCAAUGUCUCCAACGCGGUGGUCCCAAAAAAUACUUUGAUGGAUGCAGAAAUAUUACAUCUUCUGAGGAUUUUCUUGCUUAUUUUGCACGAGGUCGCUGGGGAAACGAUGAUACCGAUUAUGACAGUCUUCCUCGCAUUAUACUCUUCAUAGACGAGUUUGAUAGAAUACGCGGGUUGGCUGAAAAUCAGCUAAACAAUUUCUUGGAUAUUUUACAAGGCAUCAAAAAUAGCCAACCUGGAACCUUCAUCAUUUACACCAUCGUUGUAAUUGGUACUUUCAGUAUCCAGCAUUUAGACUCAACGAGUACUACAUCACCAUUUAAUAACAUGUGGGCAUUCAGAAAUCCUAUGCUUACUAAGAGCCAAGUACAGGAAAUUUAUGACGAUUUUGCAAGAGAGUGGGAAAUAAAUAUUGAGGAAGCUGUCAUUAACGAUAUUUAUCAACAAACAAAUGG